ACAUCGCAAGCAGAUUCAGUUUAAGUAAAAUGUUUGUAAAGUUUAAUAUUUGCUUCACCGUUAUUAACUGUUUUGUUUGGUUCAGUUUCGUUGUAUCGGAAGAAAUUAAAUGUGACCCAUUUCCAUUUGGUACAAAUUUUGUGAAUGUGGUUGUGGCAGCCUUUCUUGGCUCAAUAUUGCCAAACUUCUGUCCGUGCACCUAUCCAUGUACGGCAGAAAGUGUUAAGGAGCAUGUUCAAUUUUUCUACACCAAAAGCGGCCUCGAAUACUACUAUCAACUGGAUAUAAAUAAUACUGACGAUAGAAAUAUGAUAGUUCAAGAAGAUGAUAUCAAAUUUAUUAUUCAUGGAUACACCGACAAAGUACAAUUCAAUAAAACAGGUUGGAUGGAACCAACCGGUAUCGCGCUGGCAAAUGCGCUGACGAAUGGAAUUGUUAUUUUGGUCGAUUACAAGAGCGUGUCGAGCUGCAGCUACAGUCGAAGUGUUGAAGAAAUUGUUCCAUCAAUUGGACUGUAUUUAGCGAAAGUAAUUGUUGAAUUAGAAUUGGAUACCGACAAGAUUGAGUUGAUCGGUCAUAGUAUUGGGGCGCAUAUUGCAGGUUAUGCAGGAGUGACUUUAAAUGGAACAAUUGGUCGCAUAACUGGGCUUGAUCCGGCCGGUCCCGGUUUCGAUGAAACUGAACAUGGACUAAAUAAGACCUGUGCUCGCUUUGUACAAGUGCUUCACACGAAUCCAGGUGAACUAGGGACGAAUAAACCGCGUGGUUCUUUAAAUUUUUAUGCCAAUAACAAAACAACAACUCAGCCAGGCUGUCCCUUUAAGCAAUGUGGUCACGCGAAGGCAAUUUUCUACUAUUUUGCUUCGCUAUUCCCGCAAUAUGAGUUCAUUGGAGUUGAUUGUGAGCAACAAGAUUCACGCGAAGCUGACACAGUUUUUUCCCGUUUCGGUUUUUUUACGGAUGAUAUCGAAGGAAGUUUUUGCUUUAAUACUACUUCGUGUUUUCCAUUCAUUGACGAAUCAUCAGCGUCAUCGACUGAAAACACAAAUACAACUGCAAGUUCUGAAUUAGAUGACAUUGUGACAAAAGUAUCGACUGUAACUGAUGAAAUCAGUAGUUCGACCCAAUUUCAAAAAUCAUUCAAAGCAACAAAAAAAUAUAAAAGUGGCAAAAUGAUAAUAUCAACACAAAAUAAGCUUAAUGAUCAGUAGUUGAGAGAAUCGUUCAUUGAAUGAAUGUAAUAUUUGAUCACUUUUUUUAAU